AUGGCCAUCUUUCCUGACAAACGGCCUGACCGAGUAUGCGGACGGAGAUUCGGGAAGGACAUGAUAAGGUCGCCCUUUUGGCAAGGAAGGAGCAACUUUCUCGCUGUUCUCGAGCUCCAACUACUUUCCACUGGUCUCUUGACAAUGCUGGAGCUCAAAUGGAUCCCAGUACACGAUCUGACACGAGAAGAGUCUAAGAGGCAGAAGGUGCUGCACGAGCGGCUCAUACGGGACCAUGGGCCCUUUCCUCUCUUAUGGGACUUCAACGUGCCAGCCGUGAUUCAGAGGCUUGAAGAGGCGUCACAAGGGAGUUCGAAGGGGCGGGUGCUCAGGGUCUCUCGCAAAGAGAACCCCAUGUGCUUCCACUCGAGGGAAGACAUAAGGGCUGCCAUCGAGACUCGCCGCCAACCAGUGGCAGGCCCCUGCCCACCCGCCCCUAGGUCAAUGGAUGACGCCUGCAGCACCACCCCACCUCCAUAUGAUGGACGUCCUGUCAUGUGGUCGAUCAUAGACCAAGUGCCCAUCAUGACCUUGAUGACGUGCACUUUCCGGCCGUUCGCGGUCGGAGACCAAACCCUUAUGGCGCAAUCGGCGAGGCCCUCCCCACAGGAGGAACCCCCAUUUCAUACCCUCCUUCGACCUCUUGCAACAAUUGUAAUAAUCCGUGGCACCGAAAACGAUCUUGGAGUACCUUGGUUGAAGCGCGAGAGUUCAGUUAGACUGUUUUCUGUGAGUGUGAGCCGCUCCAACAAAGUCGUUGGGCAGGGUGAUGAACCUUUGAACCCUGGAGGAUAG